AUGUGCAUUGCGGGUGAGUUUUUCGUUGCAAAUUAGCCGAGUACGAGUGAUUUUCUGACAUUUUUGAGUGAAAACACAUCUGCUACUGGUUUCGCUGAGCUUUUCUAAUUGGACAACGAGAGAAGUGUGCGUGUAGUGGCCCAGGGACAUGAGAAAUAUUGGAAAAUUUACACAUUGCACUGCAACAGUGAAUGUGAGUGCUCCAGAGAAAUAUAUUCGUGGUUACUGGAGAAAACAGAAAUCGGAUGGGAAAUUGAGCAGAGAAAAAAGAGGAAAAGUGCGAUUUCUGACUCGGGUAUUUUGCACAAACACCCGAACGGGCGGCUCAGAUUUUCAGAGGACAACAUCACAAACAUUUCAAACAGUCACCUCCCUGGGUGCCGUCGUUAGAAGAAAGGACGUUGACAUGCUUUUGAAGUACGAAAAUCAGCCCGGCCCAAAACUGUUGAGAAAAAAAACCGAUUUUUCAGAUUUUUCGCAUUUUUUUGGAACUAGAAAGAUCAAAAGCAAAGGAACUCUCAUAACAUCAGCGCGUAUCGAUUAUUUCUCAACUGGAAAUUAUCACGCGUCGAGGCGUUUCAUGAAGCUGUUGUGUGAAUUUGGCGGGGCAAAAUGCGCGCGUUGUCAUGGUGAAUGUGCUUCAUGCGAAUUGGGGAGCCGCGUGUGAUGCCGCGAGUCAGGUGCUCUGUGAUCAGAAGCGAGACUAAUCCGCGCGCGUGUCCUUGUUUCUGGCUGGCACGUCGAAAGGAGUUCUGGCAAGGGACUGGCUGACACAGAGGAAGCAGAAGUGGCGAAAGGGACUGAAACAAGAGGUCUCAGGCCUGUCUCUGGUCGGCCACCGGUAGAUGAUCGAUCAAUGGCACAGCUUGGCUCGAUUUUCAGUAGAGCUCGAAAAUUACGUUUUCCGACUUGCAUUAGCUAAUUCUCAUUAAAAAAGGUGAGUGAUCGGAUGUAGCGAACACCUAGUCGCACAAGGCGUCAUCCAUCACAGAUCAGGGUUUGUGAUCUCAGCGAUGCAUACAUGAAAAAAGCGACCGAUCAAAACAGGUAGAAGGGAAACAGAUAGUCUUAAUUGACUGGAAAGGGAGAGCGAAUGGUGAAUGAUGGAAAGGACAGAACAGAAUAAAAACUUAUCAUGUGUAUUGCAGGUACAAUCAGCGGUUCUGGUGACUAUUUCGCGCAGUAUCUCUCGCACAACAAAGAAUGGGAUUGGGUCCGGACGGCGAGAUUUGCAUUCCUUUCGAGCUGCUUUAUGGUGAAUGGGACUACAGAAAAAGAAAAAACCAAGCUGUGACACGUUUAGGCACCAUCAUUAUUCGUGUGGUUCAGAGUACUUGAGCGACUGCAAGGUGGCAGCAAAACGGUGUUGUUAGCUAAGAAAUUAUGUGUCGAUCAGGUGAUAACAGUUUUCAUAGGUAACUACGCUCUUGUUUCAGUUAUGUUUCAGUCCAUGUUUCAACGCUGCAAUUUUGUUCAAUUUACGCUUUUUACAACAUCAAUCCGCUGAUAAAUCACUGGAAUUGUUGAAAGAGGACUGGUUCAACAUUUACUCGACUAGUUUGCGGGUGCGUCACUGAAAUUGGCAUCGUUUUCAUGUUUUCUAGGACGAAAAUGGGUGUGACUGCCGGCCGUGUUCUGCGAGCGGAGCUGCCCAAAUUGAGGGGUUGACGGAUGAGAGAGAAAUUGUACCAAACGCGCUCAGAUUUUGUGUGUUGAUAAACAGAAAUAAGGGAUGACAGAGAACAAGAGAACGAAAAGAAGUUGGAUUCUGCCUUCUAUUCAAAACAAAGUGUUUUAGGUUUGGCCAGUCGUUCAAUUGGUUAAUUUCUGUUUUGUUCCGCUCAAUUAUCGGGUGAUUUUGAAUCAGGUAAGAGUUGAAAGUGUAAUUUAAAGAAAAAUUGGACAACCGGAAAAAUGAGGAAAUUUUAACGGAGACUUCAUUUUUCUGGGGCCGGGCUGAAAUUUUGCAAGUAUGGUGUCCAAUAACAAAUCCAUUUCAGGUUGUCGCAUUCUUCUGGAACUCCUAUCUUUCCUACAGCACCCAGAAGCCAAUAGAUCACAUUGAACAGUUUUAUUGA